AUGUAUCGAGUACACCGUUCCUCGAUAUUCAGCUACAAAGUAUUCCAUACUUUGGUCAACUCCGACGGGUACCAUGACGGUGGUACGGGGAGGAAAAGGGAAGGGACUUGGUUGUUGGGCUUCUGGGAUAACGGCGUGACUACCUUCCCCAAACUCAGUUCCAGUUCCCUCCUCCCGUCGUCCUGUCAGUUGUCCUCCAACACUGCCGCGCUGCCGCAACCGAGAACGAACCGCCUUUCCGCAGGAGGAGAGAGGCAUGUGGUAAGGAAGGAAAGUAGCGUGUGCGGCCGCCCCAGUGUGUGUCCGUACCUCCCGCACCCGCCGCCCGCCGUCUGUUGUGGCAGAAACCGCAAGCCCCAACUCGCCCUCAUUCGCAGACGCCGUCACACCUCUCUCACUCAACUUUCUGACCAUUUGCCUUACUCUAUCUUGCUGCACCCGCCCUCCACCCUUCCCUUUUCCUCCAGCUUCUGCCACACUUGGAAUUCAGUUCUCUUUUCCCUCUUCUUCAACAUCGCUGCCGCCAGCCAGAUUUCCACCCCGCCACUGCCAUUAUUCAAUCCCGUCCAAAUCGGUUCCGCCACAUUCCACCGCGACUCGUCCGCUCGUCCCGUCAAAUUCGGGGUCGUCCACGAACAAGAACCGCCACGUGUGGCUGAACGAUUCGAAGCUCCCAUGACUUGUCGUUGA